CUCUUGAACAACCGGAAAAAAUGAUCAGAAAGGCCGGAAGUACUAUGAAAAACACAUCACGCUAGCCUAGCAUGCAAUUGUCGAUGUUAUUUAGAUAAUAACAGACAUUUGUUUUGUCAAGUACAAUAACCACAUAGGUAGAGGACACGUUUAUUCACAUCUUAUUUCUCAAUCGGACCGAGUGGACGAUCUAAGUCAAGAUGGGAGGAGGUGACCUCAACUUGAAGAAGAGCUGGCAUCCCCAGACUAUGAAAAACAUAGAGCGGGUGUGGAAGGCUGAACAGAAGCACGAGGCUGAGGCGAAGAAGAUCGAGGAGCUUCAGAAGGAGCUGAGAGAGGAACGAGCUCGAGAAGAUAUCACCAGAUUCGCUCAGCAGACUGGGGCUCUAAAGAAAAAAGAUGACCGGUUGGACUGGAUGUACCAGGGGCCAGGUGGUCAGGUGUCCCGUGAUGAGUACCUGCUGGGCCGCCCCAUCGACAAGCAGAUUACCCAGCAGUUUGAGGAGCCAGAGAAUGGUCCAUCCGAACAAACCGGCCUCCUGCCUGGCUCAAUCUUCAACCCCUCCACCCCUGCAUCCAACCUCGACAUGGCCGCCAAGAUCAGAGAGGACCCGCUGUUUGAUAUCAAGAAACGAGAGGAGGAGAAGAGGAGGGAGGUCUUGACAAACCCAGUGAAAAUGAAGAAGAUCAAAGAAAUGCUGCGUCAGAAUCUUGAAAAGAAGGACAAGAAAAAGAAGAGGAAGAAGGACAAGAAGGAGAAAAGGGAAGAGAAGGAGAGGAGAAAGGAGAAGAAGCAUAAGAGAAGGAGCUCAAGCUCUGAGGAUGAAGACAAAAAACACAGGCAUCAUUCUAAAGAGGAAUCCAAAGAAACAACCCACUCACAUUCCCACCACCGCAAUGUCCCAGCUGGCUAUGGACUACAGUUUCCAGCUGGGAGGCAUCAUCAGUCCUCGAAGCCCCCCAACCACUCGAGGCACCCUUCUCAGGAGAGGAGCUGCUCUCGAUCGCCUCAAAGGACAGACGGGAACGGCCAUCAUUCCUCUCACAGGACAGACAACCAUUCCUCUAACAGGACAGACAACCACUCCUCUCACAAAUCAGAGAACCACUCAUCCCAUAGGACAGACCAGUUCAAAGUUCCACAGUUCCAGCGUCCCAAAGCCCCCAGCCCACAGAAAGAUCGCUACCAAAGGCGUCAGAGCAGUACCACCAAAUGUCUCUCUGCUGAAGAGCUGGAGAAGAAGAGGAGAGAGAUGAUGGACUUUGCCAAACAGAGAGACGAAGAGCGUGAAAUCAACAUUAGAAGUUACAAACGGCAGGAUGAGAAGGAGCGGGAGAAAGAGAAAGGCGGCAAGCAUGACCCCAACGCUGGCUUUAUCCAUAACAUGAAGCUGGAGAGUGCGUCCACCUCAUCCUUGGAGGACCGAGUCAAGAGAAACAUCCACUCCAUACAGAGGACCCCCGCAUCCCUGGAGAAGAAUUUCAUGAGGAGGUGAGAACUAGAAGAAGCAGGAAUGGGUUGAUGGAGGAGAG